GAAGAAAUCAUCCAUUGAUGAUUAUAAAAACCCCCCUCAUCGCUAACAACAAUCCAUCAUCCAUCAACAGAAAAACAAACAAACACUUCCCCAGCCCAGCUUUUAAAUUUUCUUCCCAACAAAAAAGAUGGGCAAAACAGUUGGCCUCUUCCCAUUAUUAUUCCUUCUCUGCACCAUCAUCACGGCAUUCUCAUCUUCUUCAUCUUCAGCAGCAGCUGCUGCUUCUUGUCGGAAAAACCAGAGCGACGCUCUGCUCAAAUUCAAGGCGGCCUUCGCCACCGACAGCCAGGCCUCGAUUGCCUGCGCCGACGCCGGGACCACCACGCACCCAAAGACAGACUCCUGGAAGGCAGGCACCGACUGCUGCGCGAAAUGGGACGGCGUCCAGUGCGAGAACCGGACCGGGAACGUGAUCGGCCUUGACCUCAGCUGCAGCUGGCUCCGAGGCCAUGUCCAUCCCAACAGCACCCUCUUCUCCCUCAAACACCUCCAAACUCUCAACCUGGCCUACAACGACCUCCAGCAAUCCCCCCUCCUGCCUCUCUACGCUUCUUCCUUCUCCUCCAGCUUAACCCAUCUCAACCUCUCUUCCAGUAACUUGAACGGGGAGAUACCCGUUGAGCUCUCCGGCUUGUCCGGGUUGGUCACGCUGGACUUGAGCUUCAACAGUGGGUUGAGGCUCGAGCCCUCCGCGUGGGCGGCUCUGGUUCAGAAGAUGACCCGGUUGAGAGAGGUUGGGCUCGACCGUGUCCGUAUGGACUCGAUCGAACCCAGCACCGCCUUUUCCGGGUUCUCGCCCGCCCUCACGACACUCACCCUCAACCAGUGUGACCUCAAGGGCGAGUUCCCGGCGGAGAGCGUCAUCGGCUUGCCCAACCUCCAGAAACUCGUGCUCUCGGAGAACGGGGAGCUCACGGGGGACUUGUCGGACGCAUCGUGGAGCAAAGCACUAAAGCAUCUCGACAUCCAGUUCACCAAGAUCGCAGGGAGACUGCCAGACUCAAUCGGCAGUCUCAGUUCCCUGCGGCACUUGGAUGUUGGAGGGUGCCGCUUCGGCGGGCCCAUCCCGGCUUCCCUGGGGAACCUCACGGAGCUGAGGUUCCUCAGUCUGAUAGCCAACGAUUUCAACGGCCCGAUCCCGCCCUCUCUGUCCAAUCUCCACCAGCUGACCGUCUUUGCUCUCUCCGAAAACCGCCUCACGGGGAGAAUCCCAAACAUGUUUGGGAGAAUGAGCAAGCUGGCUGGCUUUGCAGCCAGGUCCAACAGCUUGAUAGGGGAGAUACCGGCUUCGAUAUGCAGCGCGAGUGGGCUUCAAGUGCUUGAUCUUGGUAACAACACCCUGAGUGGCGCCAUUCCGCGGUGUCUGGGAGGCUUGGCCAAGCUGGAAACCUUAGACCUCGCCCGCAACCGUCUCGUGGGACGUAUUCCCACCGGGGGUCGGUUCGGCUCCUUUGGAAAUGCUUCAUACGAAGGGAAUCCUGGCUUGUGUGGUUCGCCGCUCACCAAAAGCUGCGGGGCAGGCGGCAGGACAACAAGGAAUUGAUGAAUGAACAACAACAACAAGAUUCCAAUGAGAAUAAACUCCCAAAUAAGUUCUUCAAUGCCUUUGUCAAUCUUUAAUAUCAAUCAUGCUCGAUCAUAUUCAAUUUAUAAGAUAUUUUAGACAAUUUAUCAUUAUUUAAUUUUUUUUUUUUUGCUCAUUUUUGAAUGUUUAU